UAUCACUUCCGGGUUAUACCGGAGCGUGUUGUCAGGCGCUGAGAGGCUCACCGCCAAACUCUCCUAUGUGGAACAUAACAGUAUGAUUCCCAAAACUUUAAUUGCUGGGGUUUCAGCAAUCUGUAUUGCGUAUAUUUUUGCUGUGUGGAAUUCGGAUUCCGAUGAGUUUUUAAAUGACAUCGAAAGAAGUGUGAUUGAAGCUUGGAGAAAACAAAUUGAAGAACCGAUCAGAAAGUUUGAACGAGUUGCUGUGGGAAUCAAUUCGAAUGUAGACCUCAUUGUCCCGGGUGUCCAGCUGCUGCGGAAUCUGGGCGUGGCACCAGGGAGGCCCAUCAAUCAUCAGGUUCUCUCCAGCAUCAGGGACCUGCAGGAGACAUUUGCCUUCUUCUUCCGCAAGGGGUCAGCAGCAGAGAGAACAUUCACAGUGCCAGAACCGUUCCUCCAGGUUAUUGAGGAGGCAGAGACAUUCAAGACGAAAGAGCUAUAUAUUGGCGGCAAUGGAGCACUGAUGGCAGCAAAGGCAUCUAUGCUAUUCCCAGAUGUUGUGAUCCAGUUUGUUGGUCCAAUUGGCCCACUCCUUCAACAAAUGAUGCCCGCUUCUCUGUCUAUUCCUGAGACCAGUCUCAUCUCUAAGGAUGAGUUCCAUCUCAUCAUGGAGUACAAAGUGGGGGAGGUGUGGGGGGAGGACUCCGCCCCUGUGGCCAACCGCUUCAUCUCCAGCUGCGACUAUUCCAACUCCAGACUUACCAUGCUGGACACCUUCUUCAACAGCCUGGACAGUUUCAACCCUGACCUCAUCCUCAUGUCAGGCCUUCAUUUACUUGAUGGUCAGACCAGUCAGUUCUUCAGUGAGAAGAUAGUACUACUCUCCUCCAGGUUACAGCAGAUACCUUCGUCUGUACCCAUUCAUCUUGAGUUUGCAAGCAUGGCUACACAGAGCUUUGUGAGAGACAUUUUGGAAAACGUGCUGAAGCAUGUAGACUCUCUGGGCCUGAACGAACAAGAGUUGGUCUUCUCCUCCAGGGCAGGAGGUGGGCCACACAGCCGAGACACGGACCACCAGCUUGCCCAGCCCGAGGUGCACAAGAUCUCGGACAUCCUUCUCUGGUUCCUCCACACAUACGGACUCUCUGAACAUAACCCAUCCUCGCGUCUUACCCGUAUACACUUCCACUCCCUUACGUACCACAUCAGCGCUACUGUGGGGGGCCGCUGGCGCAACCUCGAGUCCUCUAUAGCCGCAGGGACAAGAAUAGCAGGGAUACAAGCCUGCAACGUCUCCCAUCUGUCAGCUGACUUACUUGAUAUAAAAAUACCGCUUAAAUAUAAGCUUUUUUCAGGUGAUGUGGACAGGGACUUCAACCCUGCCAGACCUGUUGUUUCUUUCAGUAGGGAAGGGAUAAAGUUUGUCUUUAGUCCUGUUUUAGUAUGUAAGCAUCCUCUUAAAACUGUUGGUUUAGGGGAUGCUAUUUCUACAACUGGGUUGAUGUAUUCGCAGUUUGUGCCAAGUUGAUGUUGAUGCAGAGAUUGUAUCUUCCUCCUUAAUUUCCAACGAAUGUUACUGUGAUUAAAGAAUUUAACUAUU